CAUAUUGAAGUGCUGAUUUUUUUGUGUCUCGAACGGUGCUACCAGCUUUCUGUUUCCUGUUGGAGUCAGGAGGAGAUGGACAGAGAAAACACCACAAACAUGGAAAUCGACACGCUUUUGGAGGCACUGAAAGAUUUCGAGAAGAAAGGGAAGAAAGACGUGUGCCCUGUCUUGGACCAGUUUCUGUGCCAUGUUGCAAAGACCGGAGAGACGAUGAUUCAGUGGUCACAGUUUAAAUGCUACUUCCUCUUCAAACUGGAGAAGGUGAUGGACGAUUUUCGUGCUUCAGCCCCAGACCAGCGCGGGCCAGCCAACCCUAACGUCGAGUGCAUUCCCUACGAAGAGAUGAAGGAGAGGAUACUCAAAAUUGUGAAUGGCUAUAAUGGAAUCCCUUUCACCAUCCAGCGCCUGUGUGAGCUGCUGACUGAGCCCAGGAGGAACUACACGGGCACGGACAAGUUUCUACGGGGGGUGGAGAAGAAUGUGAUGGUGGUUAGCUGUGUUUACCCCACAUCUGAGAAAAACGGAUCCACCACUGUGAACCGGAUGAACGGGGUCAUGUUUCCCGGGAAUUCUUCAGCUUUUUCAGACAGGAACGUGAACGGACCAGGUACUCCCCGGCCGCUCAACCGACCAAAACUCUCCCUCUCCAGCUCGCUGGCCACCAACGGCCUUCCUGACAGCACGGAAAACAAGGCCACCACCACAGACAUGGGAGACGGCAGCCCCCUCAGCGACUCGUCCGUGUCAGAAGGGGACGGCUCCCCGGGCGGGCCUCUGAAGAACAAGCACCAGGAGGACGAGGACGCCAUGGAGGCCGAACAGCACGAGGUGAAGAGGCUGAAGUUCGACAGAGAUGACGACGAAGAGGACGAGGAGGAGGAAGAGGAGGGCGGGAAGGAGGCGGCCUGUCCUGCGCAGGCCGAGAGCUCGACGGAAAUGGCCGAGGAGGCCGAGUCUUCCUCCGACGUGCACGAGGAAGAGGAGGACGAGAAGAAGAGUGAAGCAGCCAGCAGUGCGUCGUCUGAAGACCAAGAGCCCUCCAGCACGCAGGCAGAGCCCUCCUCCGGCGGCCGGGAGGAGCAGGACGAGGAGGAGGCGGACAGGGAGGUGUCCUCAGCCUCCUCGGAGGCAGCGGCGGAGGAAGAGGAGGAGGAGGAGAGCGGAGAAAUGGACCAGUCCCAGCAGCCGGGCCCGGCGGGGAGCGAGGCCAGCCCGGAGGUGCAGGAGGGCAGCGACCCCUCUGACCCCAGCGACCCCAGCGACCCCGUCAGCAGCAGCAGCAGCAGCAGCAGCGAGGACAGCGUGUCGGGCGGGGCCGGCUCCUCCAGCAGUACGCCCGAGUCGGCAGCAGAGGGCGCCGGCGAGAACGGCGCGCGCGCGGCAGACACCUGCGACGAACCCAUGGAGCAAGACUAACCCCCCCCCUCCGCUUUACACACUGUCAGGCCACAGCCGCGAGAUCUCUGUAAAAUAAACUACGUGGACCUUUAGUUUCCAUGGAGAGGGGCCCGCCCUCACGGGGCCCCCGCCCCCCCGAGGGUCCGUCGGAGCCCCCGAAGCCCCUUCUCCAGAAGGCCACUCGUCGGUGGUUUGUGUAUAGAUUUGUUUUGUUUUUUGUUUGUUUUUGUUUUUUUUUUUGCAAUUUAAAAAAAAAAAAAGUUUUUCAACUGGAAGGUUAUUAUUUUGACAGUCAUUUUAAAUUUUUUUUUUUUGAAGCUCAUGACAUUUGUUUCCACGCAGGCCUUUCUGUUCCCAGCAGGUUUUCGCCACUCGGUCAUCGUUUCAGCAUUUGUCACUUUGGGUGUGUGUACCUCUUCUUCAUUUGUAAGAAAAAAAAAACAAAAACAAGUCUAAAAGGAGGAGGAAAGGAAAAGGCUGCGCGUUUCGCAGCGUGGCUCUCCGUUUCUGAGGGUUCGUGUGCGUCAGUCGGGCUGGGCAGCCGCUGUCUCAUGAUUGGUUAACCCCUGUGUGUCUUCGCCACUCUCAGACCAGGAUUAGAACACAUUCCAGGAGCGCUGCGCGGUCUGAACGCCCCGGAGAAGGUCCCCAGCCCCGACGCGGGAGGCAGCUUUUUCGCCCGCUAAACGCUCGAAACGUGACUGAUUUUAUUCUUCACCGCCGUUUGUUUGACUCGAGUUUCGGUUGUAGAGUGAAUGCUUUUCUCGUUUUUGUUUUUAGGUUCAUAUAUUUGCAUCCUUUAGAGAACGUUUGAUUUUUUUCGGGUGUCGGAGUCGCGUCUCUUCACGCCAGCUUCCCUUCCCUUUUCUUACACACAGGUCAUCAUCGCAAAAAUUACACUGCUCGAUUGCGUCACACGGCGAUCUCUAACAUAGUAACUUUACCUUGUACAAGAGUCAGAUACAAGAUAUAUAAUUUUGGGGUGCAUUGAACCACCGUAAUUUAUAUAAACUUUUCAACCGAAUGACCUAUUUUUUUGAACAUACUUUUUUGGCAGCCAGUUCUUGUUAGCGAUGUAAUGCCAGCUGAAAGCACAACGAUUGCUUCUCUCAUCUUUCUGUCACCUUGAAUACCAAGUCCUUUCACUUACGAACACCCAGACAAAACCACUGGCUGCCAAAUUUGUACCCGUUUCUGCAACUGUACUUUUUUGAUAUUUAGAAUUUUUAAAUUUCUGUAAAGUAGAUUUUGUAGAUUGUAAUAAGUGUUCACUGCCUUUGUGAAACGGUAUAUAAUUGUAUAAUUUCUGUGUAAACUGAAUGCUUGGGCUUUCAAUACAGUAUUCAUAUAAAGCAAUAAAUGUCAAUGUUCUAA